CUUUCGCGGAUAAACCCCUUCAUCCGUGUCCCUUUCAAAUUGUUCGAUCCAUACCCAACAUCAUUCCAAUCGAUGAUAACAACAGUCUGUCUAUCUAUAGAUAGUUGUGCUAACUCAAAGUCUUUAUCAAGCUCGUUUUUCAACCGAAAUUCUACGAUAUUAAAUGUUUACUGUCUACUACGCAAGCUAUCGAAUACAAAAAUAGUCGAAAGAUAUUCUAAAGCAUAUUAAAUAUGUCUGAUUCAUCAGCCAUCUUCAAAGAUCAAGCCUUGAUCGCGGCAAGAUCUCCCGCAAUUACAUUUGAGAAGUUUGGAAAAUUCCCUGCCGAAAUCCAGCACAUGAUCUGGAGUUUUGCAUCACGUCAGGAACGCGACAUCUCAGUUCAUGUAAUCGAGAAAACAAUAUCGGCGGAGGAAACAAACAAUCCAAAUCGCCCAGAUAUUCAUAUCUACGCCUUCAGAAGUAGUAGUCCCUUUCCACAGAUGAUGCACGUGUGCCAUGAUGCCCGUGAAGCCGUGUUGAAGCAUCACAUACUCGCCUUCGGUGUUGAAGAGCAGUUCCAUGAUCUUGCGCAGUACCAUUAUGCAACCGCUCAGAUUUACUUCCGCCCAGAAUGCGACACCAUCUGCCCGAUGCCCCUGUGGAAGGCGGAACAACAAAGAGUUUUCGUAGCCAAGAUGCGGGACUGCAAAGUUGAAAAGGUUGCCUUGAGUGAUUACUCUUGUCGGGAAGUAUAUAGAGGAGAAGCGGAUCGCUGGGGCGACUACCAAACACGUCGAGUUGCCAUGCCUCUAACUUCAAUCACUCCCAAAACACUAGACUGGAUGACCGAGAACAUCAAAGAGAUCAUUCUCUGGACUCAAACGGAAGCUUUGCCUUUGAGUUCCUCCCUCAUAUUCGUAGACUACAAAAACUGUAGUCUUCCUAUUACAAUGCCACAUCGUCAAGUGGAAAGUUGCGAACACUCCAUGGAUAGUGUCACUCUUUGCAUUGAUGAACUACUCAAAGCUCAAAAAGAGCAGAGAGAUGCGAGGAAGGAGGCUGAUUUAAAUGGAUUGCAGCACAGGAAGGUUCUUGAUUGUCCUCAAUGGCUUUACGACAACGUUAACAGCACAGACGAUUGGAAAGCACCCACGCGAAAGCUCAAAUGGCAUUUGAGUAAAGAUAUGCAGGUUGCAUCUUUGGCAAACGCAGCGACAUCUUUCAUCGGCGGAUACGUCUUUUCUUUGGUUGGAUUAUUUAGAAGCCGACCAGGGGCAUAGUGAGGAAAAUGUAGUUGGGGGAAUUUUCCAGGGGGAUUCGGUUAAAAGAGCCGACAUAACCGGCGGUAUUGGAUUUAAGAUGAUCUAUUUGGAGUACAUGAGAAUGCCGUCCGCAUUAAUGCAUAGUGUUCCUGGCUGAUUGCGGUAGAACCGCAAUCUUAGCAUGAAUAGCAUACUUGUUAUAUGAUUUGGAAAUAGCGGGAUAUUUUAUUACAGAUAUAUUCGUUGAGAUACGCUUUUUUUGUCUGUGGCUCUCUAUGUU